UAGCGCAUGCGCGGUACAGACAGGACAGGACUCGUACCUACUGCGAACGCGCGGCGCAAAUCAAGCAGGGGACGCUGAUCGGGCAGCCAUAAGAUGAAAACGCUGGAGUUUUAUCACAUGUUGCAGAAAUAUCUUGCAGAGGGAGAGUUUUUCCCAAACUGCAGCAGAAGAGUGCGAAGUGAUAUACGCCGUGCAUGCGACAAAUUUAUCAUCAAAGAUGGCCGACUGUAUUACGUUGGACCUAACAAGACAUACAUGCGCCUGGUUGUCAUGACUGAGGAUGAAAAGAGGUUCGCCCUAAACGAGUGUCAUGAUAACAGUGAGACUGGCAACCAUCACGGUGUAAGAGGCACCAGAAACAGGGUUAUUGCCGGCUACUACUGGCCAACGCUUAUAAAGGAUGUAACAGAGUGGGUGAAGUCUUGUGAGCGCUGUCAGAGCAACACCAGCAAGAUGGGGAUGCCGGCCAUGCAUGCUGCGAAGAAACCAGUUCCGGUGAAGGUUUUAGUCACCCAUGUUCCCGUCGCCGAUGAAGUCUGUCCUUCAGUAGAUCUAUGUCAAGUACAAGAGGAAGACCUACAUCAAAGCAGCAUAAUUACAACGAUAGAUGGAGCAACAUCUUCGGAAGAAAUAAAGCCUUAUUUCCGAGUGGUGCUGGGAAAGGUCCGGACUCUUCUGGAUCCUCCUUUAGCUCAACAGUUGCUGGGUAAAAAUAACAAUGAACAAAGCACACAAACCUCACACACACCUCACACUCACGACACAACAGAACAGGAAGCGGACGUCAAUUACAUAUAUAAAAGAUAUUUGCUCCAAGAACUAGAAGUAAGGAAAGCAGACCUCCAAUACACAAAGCUGAAAAUCAGAAAACUGGAGCUGGAAAUAAAAAAAAUGGAGAAAGAAGAAUACCUGUACACAUGCUCAUUCGAGGAGGCCUGGGGUGCAGUAGGCGGUUCAGUUCAUCCCACAGUGAAGUUCCGUGGGGUUGAGGUCAGGGCUCUGUGCGGGACACUCGAGUUCUUCUACCUUCUUUCAACUUUAACUCACCAUGUCUUCAUUGAGUUCGCUUUGUGUACAGACACAUCGUCAUGCUGGAACAGGUUUGGGCCUCUGAAGUUCCAGUGAAGGGAAAUCUUAAAGUUAAAGCAUACAAAGACAUUCUAUACAAUUUUGCGAUUCCAACUUUUGUGGCAACAGUGUGGGGAAGGAGCACACAUACUUUUGGCUAUAACGUGUAUAAAGUUUAUACUUUAAUUGAGAAACGGACAAAAGCUUUUAUAUUUAUUCCUUUUUCUGAAAUAAAUUCUAGCAACUAAAACA